AUGAAACAGGGGCCCACAGCUUCACAGGUCCUUCAAAGAAACCCAAAGUUCAAAUCACUCUUUGACCAACUUGGCUUCGGGCCACAAGCAAGGGAAGCAGCUGCUGUAGCCUUGAUGAAUAUCUCUGAGGAGUCUAAUUCUCAAUGCUUUACAACUCAACCACAAAGGUCAUUCUUGGGAAAUGACAAUGCUAUUGUCUUUACGGACGAAGACAUGGAAGUUCCAUACCCGGACCAUAGGAGGCCGCUUUACUUGGAGGGACAGAUCAAUGAUGUGUUCAUAAGAAGAGCUUUGGUGGACACGGGUUCCUCUGUCAACAUAUUACCUCUGUCUGUGCUUACGGCAGCUGGUAUCCCAUUGUCCAAAAUUGUCCAAUCACAAACAAACAUCAGUGGUUUCGGGAAUAAGAGUGAGGUCACAGUCGGGCAUCUACAAGUACACUUGAAGGUUGGGCCAAUUCGGUCACUUACUAAGUUCUAUGUCGUGGAUGUGGAUGUGGCUUACCAUGCUUUGCUUGGAAGGCCAUGGCUCAACAAGCAUAAGCUUGUGGUCUCUACCUAUCAUCAAUGCGUAAAAGGAAGGAUUGGGCUGAGGCCGCUACGCAUACCUGGAAACCAAGCACCUUUCAACAAAGAUGAAGCUCACUACUCUGAAGCAGAAUUCUACACUGAAUGCACAGGUGCUGGAAGCAAUCCAUCCAAGGAUUUCGGGACCUACCUUCCUUCAUGGACUGAAAUUCGUGAUUUAAGCAAUGAGGAGCUCAUCACCAUUGUCGAUCGAGAGAGAAAGAGGCACUCGGAAGUCAACAACCAUGCCUAUGAUCAUCCCCAAUGCUCAAAGGUGACGCUGCCCGAUGGACGUAUCGUGUACCGCUUAUGA